AGCCAAUGGCCGGGGUCCUAUAAACGCUACCGCCCGCGAGCUCGCCGCCAAGAAGCUGGAGGUAGCCCCGGCAAGCGUGGAGAUCGUGGGCCUGGGAGCUAGCUCGCCAGCGCGCGGGAGGCCAAGCUAUCGGAGUCGGAGUCGGAGUCGCAGUCGGAGUCUCAGGACCGGGGCAGGAGCCUGAGCCAGAGAGCGCCGCCCGCCCGCCCAUCGUCGCCCGCGCACCCGGCGUUGCCACAGUCUCCGGCGGAGCGCGGCCAUGGAUCCCAGCAGCAAGAAGCUGACGGGCCGCCUCAUGCUGGCCGUGGGAGGGGCAGUGCUUGGCUCCCUGCAGUAUGGCUACAACACUGGAGUCAUCAACGCCCCCCAGAAGGUGAUCGAGGAAUUCUACAACGAGACCUGGAUCCACCGCUACGGGGAGCCCAUCUUGCCCUCCACACUCACCACGCUCUGGUCCCUCUCCGUGGCCAUCUUCUCCAUAGGGGGCAUGCUUGGAGCCUUCUCUGUGGGCCUUUUUGUUAACCGCUUUGGCCGGCGGAACUCGAUGCUGAUGGUGAACCUGCUGGCGUUCGUGGCCGCUGUGCUCAUGGGCUUCUCAAAACUGGGCAAGUCCUUUGAGAUGCUGAUCCUGGGCCGUUUCAUCAUCGGUGUGUACAGCGGCCUGAGCACGGGCUUCGUGCCCAUGUACGUGGGGGAGGUGUCCCCCACGGCCCUUCGUGGGGCCCUGGGCACCCUGCACCAGUUGAGUGUCGUCAUCGGCAUCCUCAUCGCCCAGGUGUUCGGCCUGGACUCCAUCAUGGGCAAUGAGGAGCUGUGGCCCCUGCUGCUGAGCAUCACCUUCCUCCCGGCCGUGGUGCAGUGCAUCCUGCUGCCCUUCUGCCCCGAGAGCCCUCGCUUCCUGCUCAUCAACCGCAAUGAGGAGAACCGGGCCAAGAGUGUGCUGAAGAAGCUGCGCGGAACGGCAGACGUGACCCAAGACCUUCAGGAGAUGAAGGAGGAGAGUCGGCAGAUGAUGCGGGAGAAGAAGGUCACCAUCCUGGAGCUGUUCCGCUCGCCCACCUACCGCCAGCCCAUCCUCAUCGCUGUGAUGCUGCAGCUGUCCCAGCAGCUGUCAGGCAUCAACGCUGUUUUCUAUUACUCCACAAGCAUCUUCGAGAAAGCGGGGGUGCAGCAGCCUGUGUACGCCACCAUCGGCGCUGGCAUUGUCAACACAGCCUUCACUGUCGUGUCGUUGUUUGUGGUGGAACGAGCCGGCCGGCGGACCCUGCACCUCAUAGGCCUGGGUGGCAUGGCGGGCUGUGCUGUGCUCAUGACCAUCGCCGUGGCACUGCUGGAGCAGCUGCCCUGGAUGUCCUAUCUGAGCAUCGUGGCCAUCUUUGGCUUUGUGGCCUUCUUUGAAGUGGGCCCCGGCCCCAUCCCUUGGUUCAUUGUGGCUGAACUCUUUAGCCAGGGUCCUCGCCCUGCUGCCAUUGCUGUCUCUGGCUUCUCCAACUGGGCCUCAAAUUUCCUUGUGGGCAUGUGCUUCCAGUAUGUGGAGCAACUCUGUGGUCCCUAUGUCUUCAUCAUCUUCACCGUGCUCCUGGUUCUGUUCUUCAUCUUCACCUACUUCAAAGUUCCCGAGACCAAAGGCCGGACCUUCGAUGAGAUUGCUUCUGGUUUCCGGCAGGGGGGAGCCAGCCAAAGUGACAAGACACCCGAGGAGCUCUUCCACCCCCUGGGGGCUGAUUCCCAAGUGUGAGGCGCCCCGCACCACCAGCCCGGCCUGCUCCCAGCAGCCCCACGUAUCUCUCGGAGCACAGGCUGCUGGAUGAGACUUCCAAACUGACAGAUCUCAACGGAGCCGGGCCUGGGGCUCUAUUUUCUUCAGCCAGCAAUGAUGUCCAGAAGAAUAUUCAGGACUUUCAUGGCUCCAGGAUUUUAACAAAAGCAAGACUGUUGCUCAGAUCUAUUCAGACAAGCAACAGGUUUUAUAAUUUUUUUUAUUACUGAUUUUGUUAUUAUUUUUUUAUCAGCCAGAGUCUCCUGUACCCACCCCCCAGGCUUCACCCUGAAUGGCUCAGUGCCUAUGGGUGGGGACCAAGCCCUACCUAGACACUUGCCUUCUUCACCAAGCUAAUCUGUAGGGCUGGACCUGUGACCAAGGACACACUAAUCGAACCACGGACUGAGGCUUCUACUCAAGAGGUGGCUCUGGCCGCUCCCUUCUGUUGGCCUGGAUCUCCCCACCCUAAAGGUCAGGCUCCAUUAGGAUUUGCCCGUUCCCAUCUCUUCCUACCCAACCACUCGAAUUAAUCUUUCCUUGCCUGAGACCAGUUGGAAGCACUGGAGUGCAGGGAGGAGAGGGGAAGGGCCAGAAUGGGCUGCCAGGUUCUAGUCUCCUUUGCACUGAGGGCCAGAUGAUCAAUCACUAUGAGAGGAGGGCCACGGGGAGGCUGAUAACUCACUGCUCAAGAAGACAUGGACACUCCUGCCCUGCUGUGUAUAGAUGGAAGAUAUUUAUAUAUAUAUUUUUUUUGGUUGUCAAUAUUAAAUACAGACACUAAGUUAUAGUAUUUCUGGACAAACCAACUUGUAAAUACACCACCUUACUCCCUCUGUAACUUACCUAAACAGAUAUAAAUGGCUGGUUUUUAGAAAUGUGGUUUUGAAAUGCUUGUGGGUUGAGGUGUGGGAGAGAAGCAACGGCUGGAAUGGCCUCACACUUUUUGACUUGAGGUCCAGUCCCUUCCAGGCACCUCUGUUUGGUGUACUCUACUCUAUUGCUCAAAAAGCUAUAUGAUCCCUAUUACCCAGAGAAAAUCUAAAUAUCUUGGCAUUCAAGGCAUUCCCAUUUUCCUUCGCAUAUGAUAGAUGGUAUUCAAAAAAUGACAGCUAUGUGCUAAGCUUGAUGCCCAGGCCUUGACAUGCCUUAUCUUGAAUGUGAGGUAAGUACUAUAUGUACAUUUGACAGGUUCAAAGAGAUUAUGUGCCUGAAGUGUCACAGCAAAUAAGCCAAAACCCCUGCUUUUAGCAAUUACGCUACACAAGCCCUACCCCAUAUCCAGCUGCUCCCCACACCCCCAUAUAAGCAAAAUGAAACAUGUUCAUUUCUUGGGCCCAGUGAGCUGUCAAGCUGCCUUCUCCCACCCAUUUCAUUUGCAAAUGCCCCCUCUGGUUCCAGCUCAUGUGUUACUGCCUCCGCUUUAAAGACUUCUGACCCUUGUCUCUCACCCCUGAAUUCCAAGACCGCUUCAUCUGUUCCUUUCCUGUGACACUAUACCCUUCCACCCUUUAUCGCAGGGCCCAAUUUCUCCCACAUCUCAAUUUCACGAAAGAAGUCUCCCUUUGGUUCAUCUGGGUCUUCAGCACUAAGUGCAGAGCUUGGCACACAGCAAGCACUCCGAAAAUAUUUGAUGUAAUAAAACACCAAGGAUAUUUGU